AUUAAUGUCAAUUCAACAAUGUAUUGUAAUUGUAAUAACUUUUAUUAAAUAGUAAAUACCUCCUUUAUUAUUUAUCCGCUAGAUUCGGAAAUUUUGUAUUCGCGAGAUUAUUUGUGUACUUGCAUUUUCAGUUUUUUACAAAACAAUUUUAGUUGUGCUGUGACGAAUAACAAUUUUUGCGAUUAAGAUGAUUCAACCGGACUUCUCCACAGCUAUAGGUUUCCUUGAUCAUUUGAAUUCUGACGAACUAAAGGAAAUACUCAACGAUGAUGCAAAAUUUGAUGCAGUUUUGAAAGACGUAAAACAGGUGAAAGAUUGGGAGACUGAAAAGGAAAUGAUGAUAGCCAGCAACAGAUCCUUGGCUGAGUUUAAUCUGAGUCAGGAACCUGAAUUGGAAGAGUUGAAAAGUCAAGUACAACAAAAAUCAGAGCUCGGUGAACAGUUAUGUAAUCAUAUUCAAGAACUUUUAGAUGAAUAUAAAAACAAAUCAGCUGGUAUAUCACCUGACACAACAUUAGCACUGCUUCAAACAGCUGCAGCUGAGUCAGAAGAACAAUCGGAAAACAUUGCACAAGAUUUCCUAUCAGGGAAAGUGGAUGUUGAUAAGUUUCUCGAAGACUUUGAACCAAUUCGUAAGAAGAUGCACCUACAGAAAUUCAAAGCGGACAAAAUGAGUGAAUUAUUACGAUCUGGCAGUCAAAGUUCUUACGGCAAUGGUCUAGCAAAACCAUUCUUACCAUAUCCAAGUUAUACACAGAAUGUGCCAAGUGUACCAUACCCAGUCGGACCUCUAAAUAUGCCUAUGCCCGGAAUGUACGGUAAUCAUUUUUAAUUACGUAACAUUGUUUAAUAUCAUGUUGAUCGUGAUUAUUAUUUUGGAUUAAUGUCAUAAAGCACUGGACAAUGAGCGAAAUUUAAUUAUAAUUAAGGUUUUUUUUUUAUGUUUUUUUAUAAUUUCGUAUUUCCC